AGCCACUUGGGUUUGUGAUGACGCUAUAACGAGCCUGAAUGUAACCCGAUUCCAACAAGUGAGACUCCGAGAGUUUGAGAAACAAGGAGGGACAAGAUGGCUGGCUUUGGUAUAAGUGUUUUUCUUUAGUUUUAAUUUGUGAAGUAUACUCGGCAAUUUAUGGAGUAGACUUGGGACAAUGAAAAUAAAGAGGUUUUUCUUUUGGUUUUGUUACACUGGGUAAUAAAAGGGACUAGUUUGACGUGUUAAGGAAGUGUAGUUGCAGGUCGGUUUCCUUAAUUGUAAAGUUGCUUUUUUUGGUUCGUUGCUAUGAUGAUCUAGCCUACUGUGAAAAGAGACGAACAAUUAAAAAAACAAAAAAAAAAAACAAAAAAAAAAAACAGAAUUACAUUUUAAAAAUUGCGUUUUAUUUGGUCUGCGUGCGAAUUACUGUACUUUGGUGAAAGUUUUCACCAUACCAAAAAAACAUAAAGUAACUACAUUUUUUUAUUAUUAGAUUUUCUGAUCUACAGAAUAUAUGAAUGUGUUUACUGUGUAAAGAUUUCUAAUGAAAGAAGGAGAACAGUAUUUCGUGUGCAUGUUAAACUAAAACUCAAAGUAAAUAAAUGCAACUAACAUUCCGUGCAUUGAACUUGAACGGAUGCGAUGAGCUCAAGUCGUGUAACACCUCAGCAGCGGCAGCCCCUGCCUGGUCACAACUCCUCGGGCGCAACUGGUCCGACAGGCACUAGACGAGACCCAAACGAUCGCGGGAUGGAUAUAGAAAUGAUUCACCACCCGGACCGUGGUCCCGGGAGUACCACCGGCACACCUCCCUCUUCUUCCUGCUCCAGACAGGCCUGGAGCAGGGUAAAUCCUGGAUUUGAACCCGAGGAAGAAAUGCUGGAGGCAGGCUGGCCUCCUGCGAACCCUGGAAGAAGGUCGGUGUCCACAGCGUCCAGCAGUACCAGCAGCGGGAGUAUAGGUUACAUCAGAGGUGGUGGUACACGGGGGAAUAGGGGACUGUGCCCGACCCCUACUGUGGAAAUACUGCACCGCCAAGAUAGAACUGAGCACAGUGGGUGUGGGAAAAGGAUACUGCAAAAACUUCGAGUCCUAUGGGGAACGAGGUUGAUGGAGGAUAGCGGUGCAAGCAGAGAAAAGUACCUGAAGUAUGUACUGCGAGAGCUGAUUACUUACAUCAUUUUCCUGGUGAUACUGUGUUUUUUGACAUAUGGGAUGGUGAGCUCCAGCAUGUAUUAUUACACAAAGGUCAUGUCACAGCUGUUCCUGGACACUCCUCUAUCAAGUGGGGAGAAGACAAAUUUCAAAACUUUGGCAAGCAUGGGUGACUUCUGGAAGUUCACAGAAGGUCCAUUAGUGGGUGGCCUGUAUUGGGAUGCCUGGUAUAACAACAAAACCCUGCCUGAGAACCAGAGUUUAAUUUACUAUGAGAACCUGCUUCUGGGUGUACCUCGCUUAAGACAGCUAAAAGUUAGGAACGAGUCGUGUGUGAUCCAUGAAGACUUGAGAGAUGAAAUCCAGGAUUGUUACAACAUGUAUUCAAUGGGAAAUGAGGACACCUCUCCAUUUGGUCUUUUAACUGGAACUGCCUGGACUUACGCUAAAGAAGAGGAUUUGAAUGGAAGCCAUCACUGGGGUCUGAUCACUACCUAUAGUGGCGGGGGGUACUAUCUGGACCUCUCACGGACCAGAGAAAAGACAGCUGCAAAAGUGAAAACACUUAAAGAGAACCUGUGGCUGGACAGAGGAACCCGCGUGGUGUUCAUUGAUUUCUCGGUUUACAAUGCCAAUAUCAAUCUCUUUUGUGUUGUCAGGUUGGUGGUGGAGUUUCCUGCCACUGGUGGCACUGUUACCUCUUGGCAGUUUCAGACCGUGAAGCUGAUCCGCUAUGUAUCCAACUUUGACUACUUCGUAGCUGCCUGUGAGAUCGCUUUCUGUCUUUUUAUCCUCUACUAUGUGGUGGAGGAGAUCCUGGAAAUCCGCAUUCAUAGACUCCAUUACUUCAGGAGCCUCUGGAACUGCCUGGACAUUCUUAUCAUUGUGCUAUCUCUUGCGGCUGUUGUUAUUAAUAUAUACCAGACAUCUACUGUGAAGGCUGUUCUAAAGUACCUUUUGGAAAAUCAGGAGACUUUCUCGAACUUUGAGCAGCUUGCCUACUUGCAGAUCCAGUUUAACAACCUGGCAGCAGUGAUUGUGUUCUUCUCCUGGAUUAAGCUCUUUAAAUUCAUUAACUUUAACAAAACAAUGAGUCAGUUAUCUUCCACCAUGUCUCGUUGUGCCAAGGAUGUCAUUGGCUUUGCCAUCAUGUUCUUCAUCAUAUUCUUGGCUUAUGCCCAGCUGGCAUAUCUCGUGUUUGGAACCCAAGUUAAUGACUUCAGUACAUUCCAGGCCUGUAUCUUCACGCAGUUCCGCAUUAUUCUGGGUGAUUUUGAUUUUGCUGAAAUUGAAGAAGCAAACAGAAUUUUGGGGCCAAUUUACUUUACAACAUUUGUCUUCUUCAUUUUCUUUAUUCUUCUGAACAUGUUUUUGGCUAUAAUUAAUGACACCUACUCAGAAGUAAAAGCUGACAUGGCCCAACAGAAAUCAGAAAUGGAACUUGCUGAUCUCAUUAAAAAGGGAUGUAACAAGGCCAUGGUUAAACUCCGGCUCAAGAACACCACAGUUGAUGACAUUUCGGAGAGCCUUCGACAGGCGGGAGGAAAGCUCAACUUCAGUGAACUGCGACAGGAUCUUAAAGGAAAAGGCCACACAGAUGCUGAGAUUGAAGCCAUUUUUGCUAAAUAUGAUCAAGAUGGAGAUCAAGAGCUGACGGAACAAGAACACCAACAAAUGAGAGAUGAUUUGGAGAAGGAGCGAGAGGAUCUGGACCUGGAAAGGAGCUCGUUGCCUCGGCCAGUCAGUGGACGCAGCUUUCCCCGCAGUCUGGAUGACUCCGAGGAGGACGAUGAUGAGGACAGCGGCCACAGCUCCCGCAGGAGAGGCAGCAGCUCCAGUGGAGUCUCCUAUGAGGAAUUCCAGGUGCUGGUUAGACGUGUGGAUCGUAUGGAGCAUUCGAUCGGAAGUAUUGUGUCCAAAAUAGAUGCUGUGAUUGUAAAGCUUGAAGCAAUGGAGCGAGCCAAACUGAAGAGAAGGGAUGUGCUUGGCAGACUUCUGGAUGGGGUCACUGAGGACGAGCGACUGGGGCGUGACAAUGAGAUCCACCGGGAGCAGAUGGAGCGACUGGUACGAGAGGAGCUGGAGCGCUGGGAGUCUGACGACACUGUGUCCCAGAUGAGCCACCGUCUGGGGACCCCGCAGGGUGGGAAUGGACAACCUCGUUCGCACAGCUCCCGGCCAUCUUCCUCGCAGUCCACAGAGGGUCUGGAGGGAGCAGGAAGUUCGGGCAGCCAUGUGUAACCUAGCAAUCCAGUGACCUCAAGGAGGUGCUGCUGAAUUAGCCUGGAGAGUGAGCCGGUCAGAGUGGUGAAAAGAAGAAAGGAUGUAAAAAAGGGAAGACUAAGCUUUCCUGUGGAAAUCAGAAAAGUUAGGUGGUGUGCAGACUGACAAAAGGUAACAGUGCAAAGGCGGAAAGGUAAAAUGAUAGUUCAUUAGGCUCAUGAAAAUGCUUGCAGAGCAAGUAAAACAAAGAUUUUAGUUAACUAAGUCACAGCAAGUAUUUUCCUUUUCCUUUUUAUUGUGUAAAUUUCACCACUGCUUUUUUAUAUUUAUUUUGCUUCUCACUCUCCAAGCUGAUGCAGAAUCCACUUUUUUUUAGGAAGGAAUUCAAUGGUUUUAAUUUUUUUUGGCUGUUAUUUAGGGCCUGAGGGACUUUUAAGGAUCAAAGCUCAUUUUUGGUUUAGAAGUAAACAAAUCAACUAUUUAUGGUAUAGACAAACAAUAUGAGGGAAUGAUGAAAACAGUGUUUAUUGCGUAUAAUAAUGGUUGACAUGGUACAGUAGCAAUUGUUAGUUAAUACCCCUUUUUAAUUGUGUAGUAAUUUAUAAACCUUUGAUUGACAUUGCCCCAUGUCUCAUUUUCCAAUGUUUUGAACUAAAUGUGUCUGCGCAUGGUAUGAAAAUGCAGUUUUAUUUUCUUCAAAUGUUGUAACCAUACUAUUGGUUUUGUAAAAUUAUAAGUCAUGUUUUGUUUUGUUAUUUUUAAACCAAAAGGAAAACCAUAACCUCAUAUCCCAAACCUAAAAGGGGCAAGUUCAUAAUUCAAGUUCACAAAUAAUUUUCUAGAAGCUGUUCAUAGAAUUUUCAGAGCAGCGGAACUCUGAAACAAAUAGUGAUGCAUUCGUUAGAAUUGUAUUCAGAUCAUAAGAAAAUACCAGAACUCGAUGCAAGUUUUAUCAGCAUUUGAAACUAACGGCUUCUUGAACAACUUACUGGAUACAAAACAUCAUUUAAUCUGUCAAAACCUAUUGUAAAUAACUGCCCCUAUAGAAAGAUGUUUAUUUAGGGUCCAGGGUUUCUAGAAUCUUUUUUUUCCUAAAAGUAUGAUACUUUUUUGUUACACUCUUUAUUGCACAUACAUUUUAGAGCUUAAAACAUCAGAUAUUGUACAUUUAAUAAACCUGUUUGGUCAGUUAAUAUACAUGCUACAUGUAUCAUUUUUGCAUUAGAACAGCAGAUAGACAGCCUAAUUAAUGUGGCUAGCUUAUUGCUUUCAGUUUAUGAAAACAAAAUUGCCUUGACCAAACUUUUUGCAAAGCAUCAACAUUUUAAAGUGAAUUUGUUGUUUUGUGGCUGUUUGCUAAUAUAACAUUAUGUGAUGUAUUGCACUGCUUUUAUGUACCAAACUAUUCCUAAUAGACACAUUGUUUAUAUAUGCCUGUAAUGGUGUAACUUUCAACAAACUUCAUUUUGAAGUGCAUUUAGUUUCAUGGGAUAUCCAUGUGUGCCAUACCUUCAAAGUAUGGUAUGUUGUAGUCCUUUUUGUAAAAGCAUUUUACAUUGUGAUUUUUAUCUAUAUAUUAUUGAGAUUGUGUGAAAAAACAAAACAAAAAAAACCUUUAUUUGUAGCAUUGGACAAACAAUGAACGGUAAAGCUUGUCACCUUUUCACUUACUCUUUUGGUUAUUAGGAAAGUUCAUUGUAUGUUGUGUUAGUCUUCCACUAGGUGAUUUGAGAACAUAAGCACUAUAUCCUAAUAAAGACUCUUUCCUGUACAAA